UUUAAAUGCCACCCGCUUGGAGGAAACUACGCCUCCCAGGAUGCCGCGCAGAGCCAGCCCUCUUCCUCACCGCGCCUUGCGCUGCGUCGGCUGAGUAGGAAAGUGCGCGGCAAGCGCGGCGCUCGUCCAGGCUGCCCCUCGCGCGCCUUGCGCCGCCCUCGCCCGUUUGCUGCCCCUGCUAUGGCGGCAGGGGCUCCCUCGGCUGCUCCCGCCCGCAGCCCCCCUCGGUGGCUCGGAGGCCCUGCUGACGGCUCCGUGUACCUCCUCCUGCCCGUCCCUGCUGGAAGUGCCCUGGUGCUAACACCAGCAGGUGGAGCAAAUUCUGCCUGGAUUCUGUCUCUCCCUGCAGAGAGCAAGAACAAAGUGGAAAACCCACAGGAAGAUGGUGCACAACCAUGUCCCAUUUCUUCAAGUAGCUCCAGCGAGAAUGGAAAUAAGGUGCUACAGAAAGGAGGCUCUGCAAAAGACCAGCUGACUUUUUGUAAAGGGGACUUGAAGAACCCUACGCAGGCCUUGUGUGGCAAAACAAAAUCCUACAAAUGCCCCGACUGCGGGAAAAAUUACCGCAGGAGCACAGACCUCUUGAGGCACCAGAGGACCCACACGGGAGAAAGGCCUUAUCUGUGCCUGGCCUGUGGGAAGAGCUUCAGUCGGAGUUCAAUCCUCCUGGAGCACCAGAGAAUCCAUACAGGUGAGAAGCCAUACAAAUGCAGCCACUGUGGGCAAGGAUUUAGCCAGAGCUCCAAUUGUAAGCAGCAUGAGAGGACUCAUGGGAAGGAAAAAAGGAACGACCCAAUACACUGGGGAUCAACUUGGCAAAGGACAGAGGUUCAGAGGCAUGGGCCUAAAAGCCUGAAAAUAAUUGAUGAAGGUGCAAGAGCUGAACUCGGAGGAGGAUCUCAGUCUCCAGGGGGAAGUUCCUCAUGGAGCUCAAAGAUGGUGAUGAAGUAUCAGAAAAGCCAUAGGAUGGAGAAGCCCUACAGGUGCCCUGAAUGUGGGAAAUGCUUUGCACGCAGCACGGAUUUCAUCCGGCACCACAUUACCCACACAGGAGAAAAGCCCUACACGUGUGUGAAAUGUGGCAAGAGUUUUACGCGCAGCUCGGUCCUCAUUGAGCACCAGCGAAUCCACACGGGAGAGAGGCCCUACAAGUGUCGGCUGUGCGGAAAGGGCUUCAGUCAGAACUCCAACCGUAACCAACACGAGACAAUCCACCAAGCUAAGAAAUCUCCUGACACUUCCUGAGUGGCAGUGGAACUUGGUACUGGGGUGUGGGACUCACUAGAUCAGGGGUUGGCAAAGUUUACCAGCCAUGGG